AUGGCCGGCGCUCGCGCGACGCCGACGCGGACACCCCCGCGGUCGUCUUCCCUGGCGCCCCGCACCGAGGCGGUAGUCCCGUCGGACUGGGCCUGCGUUGUAACGACCGUCUCCUCCGACCCCACGCCACCGGUGGUCGUCGUGUGCGGACCCAAGAACAGCGGCAAGUCCACCUUCUCCCGCGUCCUCCUCAAUGCUCUGCUCCCCAGGCAAGCCACCUCCAUAGAGCAUGGUAAGGUUGGUUAUCUGGACACCGACGUUGGGCAGCCGGAGUUCGGGCCGCCGGGGUGCCUCUCGUUCCAUGUCCUCGACGAAGCUAUCGCAGAUUUUCUGAACCCAACUCUACGGGAAGCUGAAAGGUGCUACUUCUUUGGUGACAUUUCUUCGAAAAGAGAUCCAGAAACAUAUCUGAAUUGCCUAUUCCAUUUGUAUGACUAUUUUGUUGGAAAAUAUCGAUGCGAUGAGAAUGAAAUGCUACCACUAAUUGUCAAUACUCCUGGAUGGGUAAAAGGUGCUGGUUUUGAUAUGCUCGUAGAGAUGCUAAGGUUUAUCUGCCCCACAAUAGUUGUUCAGAUACGCAUCACAAUGCAGAGCAAGAAUCUCCCUGAUGGAGUGUUUUGGCUAGAUGGUGGACAAACAGGACCUAAGAUGAUUAACAUUGAUGCUGCGUUCCAUGAUGCCUCGAAUAGAUCGUUGUUAAUUCAGAAAGAUUCAGGUGGAAUGCGUGAACGCCGACUUGUGGAGUACUUGAAGCAAUGUUUUCCAAGCAACAUAUCUCUAUCAACUAAUAAGGAGCUUGCUCAUGCACUAGCUUCACUUCCACCUUAUCAAGUGCUAUUUUCAGAUGUUACAGUUGUGCAUCUUCAUUGCGAGGUACCUGCUGGUGAGAUAUGGCGUAGUCUGAACGCAACCAUAGUUGGUUUGGCAGUUUCUAAUGCAUCGGAGGGAACCAGAUCAGUCCCUUAUUGUGUUGGGCUAGGCAUCGUCAGGGGUGUCGACGUUCAAAAAGGCCUGUUAUAUCUAAUAACUCCUGUCCCUCUCCAGCGCCUGCAAAGCAUAGAUCUUUUGCAACAGGGUCUCAUUGAGAUACCUACUACUCUUUUGCAGGUCCGCGGAUGUGUGUCGCCAUACAUGUCGACAAAUGUGCUUCACAAGAUAUCAGAAAGGGAUUUAUAUGCUGGGUGA